AUUAAACAACAGCACUUUGAAACAAAUCCACAAUUAUGGACUUAUCGAUGAACAGUAUGAAUUUUGGAAGUACGAACGAAUCGACAGAGAUCGCAAUUGAUUUACGGCAAUUUUCGACAAACUCUACUGCAAGUGUUGGACAAAAGGCAAAACAUGUUUUUACCGAAUUUAAAAAUAGCAAACAAAUAGGGAACAAACGAUUAUCGGCAGCUGAACUUCAAUUAAAACGUCGACAAGAAUUUGAAAUAAGAUUCAAAGAUGAAGUGAAAAAACCAAAAUUGGACCAACACAUAACACCAGCGCGAGAAGAAACACCGCGAAAUGUUGCCGCAACACCGACAGUGCAGACAACAAAUAAUAUUGUUAAACUUAUGCGACUAUUACAAGCUCGAAUCGCCAGUAAUUUUGACACAGUGUUAUCAAGUCCACGAAGUAGCGGCAUUAUUUCGAACCCAUACCCCACAGUGACAGUUAUUAAAGCAGAACCAAUCAACAACGUGGACGCAUCGAAUACUUUGAAUGCUGGAGACUCUCUUUCGCCGAUAUCAAUCUCUUCGCUAAACGUUAAACAGGAACCCAUGGAUGAGGCAAAUAUAGAAUCCACUCUUACUAACACAAAGAACAAUUUCGAAGAGUCCGCUUAUGUACAAAUAGGUCCACACGGCACACACGUAUCCAAAGUGGAUUUAGCAUCAAUAAACUGGACGGAAGCAUCACUUGCCACGCGAAAACUUAUGACUUUCGUAUUUGACCGUCAAACGCUUGGAACGCAUACGCUCAGUGGCAAACCCUCGCCUGCUUUCCGUGACCGAAAGCUAAAGGCGCAACUAGAUCCACUGAAAGUAGCUGAUAUAAAACAUUAUGUGAAACAAAAGAUUAACUGUACGGAACGUGAAAUUCGCAGCGCAAUAACUAUGAAGUGUGCCGAUACCGCAAAAACUAUCCGAAGGAAGAGCUUAGCCAAAGUGAAAUGAGAGACAUCCUUGUAGUAUUAGUAGAUUAGAUUCAAGACGAAGUUUGCACUGAUUAAUAAAAUAUUAAAAUUGUAGGAAACUAUACUCGCUUAUAUUGCUUUACAGUUGGGAGGAUUAAUAUAGUGAAAUAUAAAACUUGUGAGAGCAGGCCCGAUUGUUUCAAGCUAUUCGAAAU